AACAUGAAGAUCCUUUUCGUGUGCAUCGGGAACUCCUGCCGUUCGCCGAUGGCAGAGGCAAUUAUGAAACAUAUGGUGAUGACCGAAGGUCUAAACUGGACCGUUGAUAGUGCGGCAAUUGCUGAUUGGAAUGUUGGUUACUCACCGGAAGAACGUUGCCUGGCCGUUUUACGAGAGAAUUCUCUAGAUUCCAAUCAUGUUGGUAGGCAGAUCACGUCGGAUGAUUUUAAGCAAUUUGAUUACAUUUUUGGGAUGGAUGAGAGCAAUAUGAACGAUUUACACCGUUUGGCCCCCGAGCAUUGCCGAGCCAGGAUUGAACUUUUGGGAAAUUAUAGAAUGAAGGAAUUGGAUAAGAUUAUUUUCGAUCCUUAUUUUGAGCGAGGUAUUCAUGGCUUCAGAAAGUGCUACGAUCAAAUUGUAAUAUGUUGUAGAAAUUUUAUUCAACAAAAACAUUCAAACCAAUUAAGUGAAAAUUCUAAACACAAUCAUUUGCAAUAAGUUUUCCGGC